UCUACCCAUCGCAAGAGGAAGAGAUAUACUGUUGCUGGGUGAAAAAUCUUUGUUUAUUUAUUAAAAUGAGUAAUAAAUCGUCAAAAACUAGUAGUGCUGCAAGCAGCAUGUUGUAUGGGUCCAGCAUAUCUGCCGAAUCAAUGAAAGUGAUUGCAGAAAGCAUCGGUGUGGGCUCCCUUUCCGAUGACGCCGCCAAAGAGCUUGCCGAAGAUGUUUCCAUUAAGCUGAAGCGCAUAGUGCAGGAUGCCGCUAAAUUCAUGCACCAUGCCAAGCGGCAGAAACUGUCAGUCAAAGAUAUUGAUAUGUCGCUAAAGGUGCGGAACAUUGAGCCACAAUAUGGAUUUAUGACCAAGGACUUUAUACCCUUCCGGUUCGCCUCCGGAGGCGGUCGCGAGUUACAUUUCACAGAGGACAAGGAGAUUGAUUUAAGCGAGAUAACUGCGAAUAACUCGAUUAAGAUACCACUAGAUCUGACAUUGCGAUCCCAUUGGUUCGUAGUGGAGGGCAUACAGCCCACUGUGCCGGAAAAUCCGCCACCCCUCUCCAAAGACUCGCAAUUCCUGGACUCUGUUAAUCCUGUUAUCAAACUAGAUCAAGGGCUUAACAAAGAUGCCGCUGGAAAACCAACCACUGGCAAAAUGCAUAAACUUAAGAAUGUGGAAACAAUCCACGUCAAACAGCUGGCCACGCAUGAGCUGUCCGUGGAACAGCAGCUGUACUACAAAGAGAUCACAGAAGCCUGCGUCGGAUCGGAUGAGCCUCGCCGCGCUGAGGCGCUGCAGUCGCUCGGCUCUGAUCCCGGUCUACAUGAAAUGCUGCCCCGCAUGUGCACCUUCAUUGCCGAGGGCGUUAAAGUCAAUGUUGUUCAAAAUAAUUUAGCUCUUUUGAUUUAUUUGAUGCGCAUGGUGCGCGCCCUGCUUGACAAUCCAUCGCUCUUCCUAGAGAAAUAUCUGCAUGAGUUGAUACCAUCUGUUAUGACCUGCAUUGUAUCCAAGCAGCUGUGCAUGCGGCCAGAGCUCGACAAUCAUUGGGCCUUGCGUGACUUCGCCUCGCGGCUCAUGGCGCAAAUCUGCAAAACCUUCAACACGCUCACAAAUAAUCUGCAAACGCGUGUUACGCGCAUCUUUAGCAAAGCUCUGCAGAAUGAUAAAACGCAUUUAUCGUCGCUCUAUGGCUCCAUUGCGGGCCUCUCCGAGCUUGGCGGCGAGGUGAUCAAAGUAUUCAUAAUACCACGCUUGAAAUUCAUCUCGGAACGCAUUGAGCCACAUCUGCUGGGCACGUCAAUGAGCAACACGGAUAAAACAGCGGCUGGCCAUAUACGCGCUAUGCUUCAGAAAUGUUGCCCACCCAUAUUGAAGCAAAUGCGUGGCGCACCGGACAUUGCUGAGGAGUAUAAAAUCGACUUUGGCUUCCUGGGUCCUUCGCUGUGCCAAGCUGUGGUCAAGGUGCGCAAUGCACCAGCCAAUAGCACCGUAACGUUAUCCUCCAACAGCAUCAAUACGGCGCCCAUAACGAGCGCUGCUCAGACAGCAACAGCCAUUGGACGCGUAUCCAUGCCCAAUUCACAGAGACAAGGCAGCCCCGUGGUGGCCGCCCUACCGCAAAUACGCGCCAUUCAAGCCAACCAGCCGGCACAAAAGUUUGUGAUUGUAACACAGAACUCGCCACAGCAGACGCAGGCGAAGGUGGUGCGCCGAGGCAGCUCGCCGCACAGUGUGGUGCUGUCAUCAUCUUCGGCGAAUGGGGCCAAUGCCUCCAAUUCGAAUUCAUCAUCAACGGGCAGCAUUGGCCCUGGUGGUGGCAGCAGCGGCAGCGGCGGCGGCGGCAGUGGUGCAAAUAGUUUGCUAACAGCGCGCAGCAAUAAUGAUAAUAGCAUCGUGGAUGCCAAUUCGUUGAUCAUUGAAACGGAAAUAGUGCGCGCACCGCCCGAACUGGAUGAUUUAUCGCAUCUGGAGUAGCCUUAUUCUUCUCACCCCAACACACACACGCACACACACAGAUAUAUAUAUACAUUAGUUAUUUAAAUACAAUACUUAGUUAAUAAACACAGCAUUGACCCGCAAGCUACCC